UUUCCUUGCAACCAGCAUGUAAAUAUCACUCUGUUGCGCUUUGCAUAGAUAACGGUAACUCAGGUUUAAUGAUUAUAACGUUUCGUUUAGAUGUGCCUGAGCUUCGCAGCACAUAUAUAAUUGUAGCAAGCUUGCUGGCAAGUGGCUAGCCUGUGUGUCUUGAUAUGAAAUUUUGUCCCUGAUCAAUUGAUCUGCUGAAAUGCUGUCCACCGGCUCAGUGCUGCGGCUGUUCCAGCUAUCGUCCUGUGUAAUGCUUGUUUUAUUAUCACAAUGCACUGAUGCUAAGAGAGAUUUAAAAAGCGCCUGUUCUACUUGCAAACAGAUAACGGAUAAUUUCAGCAAGGGAUUUGAAAGGACAGCAAAGCAGAACUUUGGUGGAGGGAACACAGCCUGGGAGGAGAGGACAUUGUCCAAAUAUGAAACAAGUGAGAUUCGACUGAUGGAAAUCGUGGAGGGGCUGUGUGACAGCAGCAGUUUUGAAUGCAACCACAUGCUUGAAGAACACGAGGAGCUCUUUGAGACCUGGUGGUUCAAAAAAAAAACAAAAUAUCCUGAUCUGCAUCAGUGGUUCUGCAUUGACACCAUCAAAGUUUGUUGUCCAAAGGGAUCAUUUGGACCUGACUGCAACGCCUGUGUGGGGGGCUCUGAGAGACCUUGCCAUGGCAACGGAGUGUGUGAUGGUGAGGGGACCAGAGGAGGGGAUGGAAAAUGCAGUUGUGACCAUGGAUACAAGGGGGAGUUUUGCCUGGACUGCACUGACGGCUACUUCAACGAAGUCAGGAACGACACCUUCGCUUUGUGCACAGAAUGUCACAGUUCUUGUAAGACCUGCUCCGGUGCAACGAAUCAGGACUGUGACGAGUGCAAGUCAGGCUGGGAGGAGGAUGAUCAGGAAGCUUGUGUAGAUGUAAACGAGUGCUCCAAAGAUCCUCCUCCAUGUGAGGAAGAUGAGUACUGCCUCAAUACAGAUGGUUCCUACUCUUGCAAAGCCUGUGACAAGGUGUGCUCCGGCUGUACGGGAGCAGGUCCUGAUAAGUGCCAGGCAUGUGCCAGUGGCUAUGAAGACAAAGAGGGCACUUGUACAGAGGGCAGUCAGAGUGCAUGGUCAGCCGCCUUGGAGCUGACAGAUUGGAUGUCUGCUACUUUAGGACACUUGAGCAGGGCUUUCUUUUCAGAUACUGACGAAUGUGCCCAGCUGGAGCCAGUGUGCACCAAGGAGCACCAGCAGUGUGUCAACACUAAAGGCAGCUAUGUGUGUAUUUGUGCCAGUGGCUACGAGGAGCAGGACGAUGUGUGUGUUGAAAAGCCGCAGUCAGAGGAAGAAGGACCAGAGGAAUCGGAGUCCGAUAAGAGCCCACAGGAGCAUGAGGAUCUUUGACCUCCGGCCAGGGACCAGCAGACCCUAAAAAUGAAGAAAUAAUGGAAUUGCGGCUAGUUAAGUCUUUGAAUUACGUCCCAACUAUGUUGUGAUGUGCAGGACCACUCCUUUUUUAAGACAUUUUGGCUACAUGGCAUUUAAUGUUCAGAACCUGCAAAACGGUCAAGACAGACUUUUCUAUCAGCGGAUUAUGGGUAACAAGACAACAGAAACUACAUGAACAUUCUGGUUAUUGUUGCUUUUCCUGCUGUGCUCAACCUGCUUAGUAUUUUUCUUUUGUCUGUGGAUUUAAUUAUAAAGUUGGUUAAUAAAGAUGGUAUCAUCUAAAUUCAAAGUUAGAUUUAUGCUUUGCUCAUGUUAAUUGAAGUGUGUGCACGAGCGUGUGUGCGCGCCCACAAAUGUGUGUGCAUGCAUGUGUUCAUUUCUGACUUAUC